AUGUCCGUUCCGGAAUACAAGGCCAGCGACAGUGUCGACUUGGCCCAGGUCACGGACUUCAGUAAACUCGCCAAAAAGUCCGUCAUCGUUACUGGAGGCGCCAGCGGUCUCGGAAAGAGCUAUGCAACUGCAUUUGUACAUGCUGGGGCCUUCGUCACCGUGGCAGAUUACGAUGUAAAGGGUGGAGAACAAGCCGUCUCCGAGCUUGGCAGUAACGCGCAAUUCGUCAAGUGCGAUGUUCGUAGCUGGGAGGACCAAGUGGCAGUGUUCGAAUCGGCAGUCAGCAACUCCCCCAGUAAGGGUGUCGAUAUUGUCAUCGCCAAUGCUGGUAUGAAUCAAGAGGACGACCUGUUCACUCUUCAAGACCCAUCCCAGCCCCCCGUCAAGCCCGACUUGAAGGUUCUCGAUGUCAACCUCAUCGGCCCAAUAUACACGGCCAAGCUGGCCAUUCAUUACUUCCGUCGCCAGCCCGACGAUGAUGAACACGACCGCUGCCUCAUCCUGAAAUCAAGCAUGGCCGGCUACAUUGACAUGCCCCCAUACCCGCAGUACAACGUGUCCAAGUUUGGCGUCCGAGGGUUGAUGAGGACUCUUCGUCACGGAACCUGGAGGGAGGGCAUCAGGGUGAACGUGGUAGCACCAUGGUAUGUCGUCACUCCCAUCAUCUCCGACCUUGCCGUUCGGUUUCUCGAAUCAAAGGGCGUGAAAUUUGCUACAAAGGAAGACUGUGCCUCUGCCAUGCUGAGCAUCGCCUCAAUGAGGGACCUCAACGGUAAGUCUGAUAUAUAUAUAUAUAUCAAUCUGUGCCGAAUCAAGAUCCAUCAAAGCCUGACCAGUAACAAUAUAGGGAAAUCUUUUGCCAUCGUGCCGCGCGCCCUGUUUGGGACGGGAAUCAUAGACUUGGGCCUCGACGAUUACAGCGACAAAGACGUCCUGAAGGAGCUCCACGAUCUGAUUCGCAUAGUAUCUCCAACAGCUAUGAAGGAGGGGUAG